AUGAGGAAAGCCUCCAGAAAUGUUGGGAUGUACACACUGACACACAAGUCCCGGCUGCACAAGAGGACCCCUCCGCGGUACCGACCCACCAGAACCAUCGUGACCCGCAGCCAGAGCUCCUCCAGCGGCUGCUGCUUUCACAAGCUCCCGUCGGAGGUGUUUGACAUGAUCCUGGAUAAACUGUCCGUGCUGGAGAUCAGUGUGUUCAGCAUGGUGUCCAAGGAGAUCACGAGAUACGUUGCGAACUACAUCUCCACCCUGGCCUGGAGGAAUAAAAUGAUCAUUCAGAGCUUUCACCGCUCCACCUGUCUUGAACAGAGAUUCACUAUUGGACGCUACAGAGACCUGGGUUUGUUGUUCAAGAGAUGCACGCUAUUGCUACCAACAAAGGACAGGUUAAAGUUUAUCUUUAGCAAGUUUUCACAGAUUCCCUGCUUCAUGUUGGAGCAGUGUUUAACACCAGACUGCAUCGGCUUCUCAAGCUAUGGAGUCUUCCUCCAGACACUGAUCGCAGGCUGGGAUGAGCUGGAGUGCAACAGAGUCUUCAGCUUCCUGUGUGACCUCACAAAUCUGCUGCAGAAAACUGAGACAGUCAUCACUGGAAAACCAGGGGUGAGAUGGUACCAGGAGCUACAGCUCCGCUUAUUCUGUCGUCAGGUUCUGUUGGACCCGUGGCCGAACCAGCCGGAUUGUCAGUUCUGGCUAACACAGCUCCUGAAGCCUUGGCCAAUGGUCAGCCAGGCACAUUUACUGUUCAUCCUCUAUGGACCUCUGAGGCCUGAGGGCAUUCUCGGUUGGCAGGAUCUGGUGGAGAGGGGGCUUCCUCACGGCGCUCUGUGGGACCUGGCCAGGGCCAUCCUUCUGCUUUUUGGAAAACCAGAAGUCAAAGACUGGACCACCAAUUCGAUGCUGACAAUCUUGGAAGAGAUCAUCGUCAUUCCCCAGCCAUGGCAUGUGGAGAAUGUGGCUCGUCUCUUGGUGCUGUGUGGCAGCAGUCUCUGCUAUACCGUCCUAGCCAGCAAGGCCGUCAACGGACGACUUCUUGAGAUCUCCAGACUCAUCGUGUACAUCAUACUGGUGUGUGAGAAGGACGGGUACCACAUGUCCUGGGCGGUGAAGUUGGUGCAGCAGAUCUGCAAAGUCUUCAGCUCUCCUCCUGAAAGGUUCCGCUUCAUCCAACAACUAGAGAACAUGUUUUCAGAGGUCACCAGGGAGAUUUUUGAGUUUUCUGUUACAGGUGAGGUGGGGCAGCUGUCUGUUGUGUAA